AUCUUCAAUUUGCUACAAGCAUGGACAACACCGAAGGAAGACGACCUAAAUGUGCAAGGUGUAGAAAUCACGGCGUUAUAUCUUGGUUAAAAGGUCACAAAAAGCGAUGUUCGUUCAAGGAAUGUAUUUGUCCAAAAUGCAAUUUAAUUGCUGAAAGACAGAGAGUAAUGGCAGCUCAGGUUGCUUUGAAAAGGCAACAAGCUGCUGAAGAUGCAAUAGCAUUAGGAUUGGCUACAGCCACUACAGGAACUAAAUAUGGAUGUUUACCACAAGGUCCUAUUUUUGGUAUGACUGUGCCAGCGUCUAAAUCUCCCGGUACUUCAGAGGAAGAAUCUGACCGUACAAAUGACAAACAAUUUACUACUCUCCAAAUCUCAUCAAGUAACAAAGCUACAUUGCCUCCAGGAUCUCUUGACUUACUGUGUCGGUUGUUCCCAGAUAAAAAACGUUCAGUUUUAGAGUUAGUACUUCGUCGUUGUGAGCAUGAUCUUCUUAAGGCAAUAGAACAUUGUGUGCCGCUGUGUAAGACUUUGGCAAUUGCUUCCAAAACUAAGAAAAUAUAUUCUGAAAAAAAUGAAUCAACCACAGCAAAUAUUGGAUCAGCAUUUAUGCCGUGGGGUUUACACCGAGAACCUCCAGUUGCUCAUCAGAAUGCUAGGAGACAACUGGCUGCAAGAUUGACAUACCACGUACCAGAACCAACAACAACAUUUUUUCAUCAUUUUAGGACUCAAUCUUCAGGAGUUUCAUGUGCUCCACCGUUUUAUAUGCCCCCGUUUCUACUCGAACCUGCAGAUUCUUGUCAUGUGGCCAAUUGUGUUGAAUGUUCAUCAGCGUCUGUAACUACCCAUCAUCAAAUAUGAGUUGAAAUCAUUGAAAAUAUACUAUCAAUAUUAUUAUUUUAUAUAAUUAGCUUGCGCUUUUUACACUAUUUACAAUUUUAUUGUGAAAAAUAGUUGGCUUUUUUUCAUUGGCUAAUAGAAAUACAUUAAUAGUUCAGUAAACAAA